AUUAGAUAGCAUAACCGAACCGUACUUCACCAGAUACACUCAUUGUUAUUGUGACUCAAGUCUUAAAUGAUAAUCAAUGGCAGCUCGACUCUUUAAGUCGUUAUUAUUGGGGAAUAAAAGCAAUGGAUGCAGUGGAUAUCGUGGAAAAGCAUUAGAAAGUACAAGACUGUUUCCAUUGAGAGACUCUCGUUGGUUUACGAAAAAAGAGUAUAACUUAUUUGAAAAUGUACUUGAUUCUGGUUAUAUCCUCGAGCUACGUGCUACCAACAAAAAUGAUGGGCGCAACGUUAAUAAAGAUAUAGCAGCCACUGUGGAGUACGGCAUUGUUCUAUGGAUAGAGCAGCCGGCUGGAGAAAAAAAGGAAGCUAUGGUGGUACACCUUGUCAAAGCAAACAACAAGUAUCAGAAUAAAGGUCGAGGAAUAAUAUUUAGUACUUUGCAAAGUUUCUGGGCCGAUGCUACAGAGAUUCGAAUAAACAAUACAGAUGAUUCAAAAGAAAGCCCUAAUGCCUCGUCAAUAAUAAUUGAACGGAUAAACUGUGCAUCAAAAGGCUCUUACAAAUGGACAGCGAGUCGGUCUUUUGUUCGAUGGUGUCGUUAUGGUCAUUCUGUACCUGAUAAAGAAAUUUGGAAAAGAAGAGAGAUGCAAAAUGCUGUAAUACGUUGGGGAAGCGUUUCUGCAAGCGCAGGAGCACUGCUUUAUCUUUCUAAACAGCAACGACAUCAUUCUGCCGGUAAUCAUCGGGCAUAGAAUGAUAUCUGCUCAUUAAUAACACUGUUGAUAUUGUCAAGUACAAUGACUAGUAAUUCUUUGUGUAAUUGUUACUGUAACAAUGUAAAGAAAAGUGAGGGGAAAUUGUUAAAUCGAAGAAAUAUGUUGCUUCACCCAAAACUUGAAUAAAUUUCUGAA